CACACACAUACACACACACACACACGGAUCCGUGAACCGGAGAGCCGCGUGCGGACCGCGGACAGUCAUGCCGUGAUGGUGUCACGCGCACGGACGCGUCAGCCGUGUUUGUGAAGCCGGAGAUGAUGAUGAUGAGGAUGAUGAUGAGGAGCGGAGAUCUCCUCCGGUUACCGGGGCUCGUGAUCAGACUAACGGCGCUGAUGUUCGUCACCGGUUCGAGCGGGAUGCCGCACGUGCUCAGAUUCGGUGGGAUUUUUGAGUCGAUAGAGAGCGGCCCGUCCGGACCAGAGGAGCUGGCCUUUAAAUUCGCUCUAAACACCAUCAACAGGAACAGAACGCUUCUGCCCAACACCACACUCACCUACGACAUCCAGAGAAUCAACGUGUUCGACAGCUUCGAGGCCUCCAGGAAAGCCUGCGAGCAGCUCUCGCUGGGCGUGGCCGCCAUCUUCGGCCCCUCCCACAGCUCCUCAGCCAAUGCGGUGCAGUCGAUCUCGAACGCUCUGGGCGUGCCUCACAUCCAGACGCGCUGGAAGCACCAGGUGUCUGAUAACAGAGACUCGUAUUACGUCAGUCUGUAUCCGGACUUCUGCUCGCUCAGCCGGGCCAUACUGGACCUCGUGCACUUCUUCAGGUGGAGGACGGUGACGGUGGUGUAUGACGACAGCACCGGCCUCAUCCGCCUGCAGGAGCUCAUUAAAGCUCCAUCCAGAUACAACAUCCGCCUGAAGAUCCGACAGCUCGCCGCAGACACCAAGGACGCCAAACCUCUGCUCAAAGAGAUGAAGAAAGCUAAGGAGUUCCACGUCAUCUUCGACUGUAGUCACGAGAUAGCCGCCUGGAUCCUCAAACAGGCUCUUUCAAUGGGAAUGGUGACGGAAUACUAUCAUUACAUCUUUACAACUCUGGACCUGUUUGCUCUGGAUAUGGAGCCGUACCGCUUCAGCGGAGUGAAUAUGACCGGUUUCCGCAUCUUGAACACGGAGAGUCCACAGGUGUCAUCCAUCAUCGAGAAAUGGUCAAUGGAGCGACUGCAGGCUCCACCCAAACCGGACUCGGGCCUGCUGGACGGAUUCAUGACGACGGAUGCGGCUCUCAUGUAUGAUGCGGUUCACGUGGUGGCGGUGUCGAUCCAGCAGUCUCCGCAGAUCACCGUCAGCUCGCUGCAGUGCAACCGACACAAACCCUGGCGCUUCGGGGGACGAUUCAUCAGCUUCAUUAAAGAGGCAUCAUGGGACGGACUGACGGGUCGAAUCCUCUUCAACAAAACCAACGGAUUGAGGACAGACUUUGACCUGGACGUGAUCAGUCGCAAAGAGAACGGACUCGAGAAGAUCGGGACGUGGGAUCCUCCGCGUGGACUCAACAUGAGCGAGAAUCACAAGAGUAAAAUCACCAACAUCACAGACUCACUGUCCAACAAAUCACUGCGCGUCUCCACCAUACUGGAGGAGCCGUACGUCAUGUUUAAGAAGUCGGAUAAACCUCUGUACGGGAACGACCGCUUCGAGGGAUUCUGCGUGGAUCUGCUGCGGGAGCUUUCGGGAAUCCUGGGCUUCCGUUACGAGAUGCGGUUAGUGGAGGACGGUAAAUACGGAGUGUUUGAGGAGAGUACGGGCCAGUGGAACGGCAUGGUGCGCGAGCUCAUGGACCACAAAGCAGACCUGGCCGUGGCUCCGCUGACCAUCACAUACGUGCGAGAGAAGGUGAUUGACUUCUCCAAACCCUUCAUGACCCUGGGCAUCAGCAUCCUCUACCGCAAACCCAACGGCACCAACCCCGGCGUCUUCUCCUUCCUCAACCCUCUGUCCCCUGAUAUCUGGAUGUAUAUUCUUCUGGCUUGCUUGGGUGUCAGUUGUGUGCUGUUUGUCAUAGCCAGGUUCAGUCCGUACGAGUGGUAUAACCCUCACCCCUGUAACCCAGACUCAGACGUGUUGGAGAAUAACUUCACGCUGCUGAACAGCUUCUGGUUCGGUGUCGGCGCUCUCAUGCGGCAAGGUGAGUCCGUCAGCGUCUGGGCGCCUCCUGCUGGAGCACAGCUGCUGAUCACACUCACAGCACAACUGAACUCAAGAAAAGCGCACAAUGCAACAGCUGCAGGAGACAUGAGAUGCUCGCCGUAUCGGGACAAGAUCACCAUCGCCAUCCUGCAGCUGCAGGAGGAGGGCAAGCUGCACAUGAUGAAGGAGAAGUGGUGGAGGGGGAACGGCUGUCCGGAGGAGGAGAGUAAGGAGGCCAGCGCUCUCGGCGUGCAGAACAUCGGCGGCAUCUUCAUCGUCCUCGCCGCCGGCCUGGUGCUGUCUGUGUUCGUGGCCGUCGGCGAGGUGCUGUACAAAUCCAAACAGAACGCGCAGAUCGAGAAGCGCUCGUUCUGCAGCGCGAUGCUGGAGGAGCUCAGGGUGUCUCUGAAGUGCCAGCGGCGGCGGAAACAGAAGCCCCCUCACCCGCAAGCCAUCGUCAAAACAGAGGAGGUGAUUAACAUGCAUACCUUUAACGACAGGAGGCUCCCGGGGAAAGAGACCAUGACCUGACGCCUCUCGUCCAAACGACGGACACGAAGAUGUUUCCUGUGGAAACCCGGAUUCGUGAGCGAUUCAGAACCGCAUCCCUCACAGAUCAGCAAUCACUUGUGUUCUCAUUUUACCUUGCUUUUCUCCGUUUUCUCUGCGAAGCUAGCUCAGUGUUUUAAACCCAUCGCUUUUACUCAUAUGCUGCCUUUAUUGCUGCCUUCACGAGCGCCUGAUAAACACACUUUCCCCAUAUUCUUCAAUAAAGAGUCCAUAAGUCGUGACCCAAACCGACCCGCUCCAUAUGAAUCACAUUACAAACUCUGAUAUGAAAAUGCAUUU